AUGGGUAGUUUCAGUGGAGAUGAGGAUUGUCAGUUUUUUGAUGCUCAAGAGGAUGUUGUGUCAAUGGGGUACGCAGAUUCUGAUGAUGAUAAUGAUAAAAAGUUAUCUGUUGAUUUUGAUUAUGAUGUAUGGAUUCGGAGUCCGAAGAGUGUGAGAGAGCGUAGGGGGGAGUUUAUGAAGAGCAUGGGAAUGAGUUUAGAUGGAAUUGUUGUUGAAAAUUCAUUAGAAGUUGAGAAGGAAGAGAUGAUAGAUAGAGUAAGAGGAAGUAGUGGUUCUGAAGAGGAAUUUAGUUCGAGUCGGUUGUUGAUGUCUUGUUGCUCUAGUGUGAGUUUUUCAGAGAAGUUUGGUUUAGUGAAUAGUAAUAACUUUCCAUGUAAAGAUGAAAGUUUGGAGAUAGGAGUAGGGACUAAUGUGAAUGUGAAGGUGAAUGAUGGUUCGGAUCAUUUGGUGGUUGCUAGGAAAUCUGAGGAUUCCAUGAAUGUUAAUGUUUCGGGGGUGUCUCCUUCUCGAGGAUUGGUAGGUAGAGAUUUUGAGGAUUCGGAUGGUGAUGCGGUUACUGGAAUCUUAAAUAGGGUGAGAAGGGGUUGGUUAAGAAGAUUGAAAUCGAUGACGUGUAUGGUUGAUACGCAAGGGGAAGGUGAUGAUUAUAAUGGGAGAGGAGAAGGGAGAAUGUCAGUCUCAGGGUGUCGGCUUCAGAAAGUUAAGGUCCGUCAAAAUAAGAAAAAAAUCAAGGAGCUUUCGUCGCUUUACUUGAGGCAAGAUAUUCAAGCGCACGAAGGUUCAAUUUUGACAAUGAAAUUCAGUCCCGAUGGACAGUAUCUAGCCACUGGCGGCGAAGAUGGUGUAGUUCGUGUGUGGCAAGUAGUUGAGGAGGAGAGAUGUAAUGAAGUUCACAUUCCAGAAAUUGACCCUUCAUGCAUUUACUUUACAGUGAAUAAUCUCUCUCAAUUGACACCAUUGUUUAUGGAUAAGGAAAAGCUUAGCCAACUGAAGAGCAUGAGAAAAACAUCAGAUUCCGCUUGUGUCGUUUUCCCGCCUAAGAUCUUCCGGUUGUUGGAAAAACCAUUGCACGAGUUCCGUGGUCAUGGAAGUGAAGUUCUGGAUCUAUCUUGGUCAAAGAAGAAUUAUCUUCUCUCAUCGUCAGUUGACAAAACUGUCCGACUAUGGAAAGUGAGUCACGAGCAUUGCUUGAAAGUGUUUUCACACAGUAAUUAUGUGACAUGUAUACAAUUCAAUCCUAUUGAUGAAGAUUAUUUCAUUAGCGGAUCCAUAGAUGGGAAAGUGCGAAUAUGGGCAAUUCCUGAUUGUCAGGUUGUUGAUUGGACUGAUGUCCUAGAUAUAGUGACUGCAGUAUGUUAUCGGCCCGAUGGGCAGGUUGGAAUUGUUGGUUCUUUGGCGGGAAAUUUGCGGUUUUAUAAAAUAUCAGAUAAUCACUUGCAGUUAGAUUCUCAACUAUGCUUAAUUGGUAAAAAGAAACUUCCUGGCAGAGGAAUAAUGGGCUUUCAGUUUCUUCCUCAAGAUUCCAACAAAGUUAUGGUUACCUGUGCUGAUUCGCAAGUUAGAAUCCUCGACGGACUUAAUGUGAUUUGUAAAUACAAAAGCCUCAACACGGGGAGCCCAAUGUGUGCAUCCUUUACUUCAGACGGGAAACAUAUUUUAUCAGCCUGCGAGGACUCGAAUGUUUAUCUAUGGAACAUUGAUCAGGAAGAGUCUAAGGCCACAAAAUCUAAGAAAAUCAGGUCUUGUGAGCGGUUUUUCUCAAAUGCAUCCGUUGCAGUACCUUGGCAUGGUUUGAAACCUCAAAUUACUGAAAAUGAACAACCGAAUGUCUCGGAUAAAAAAUCACCUCAAGUUGCUAUACAAUUACACUCCACUCCACCCGCAUCUUUCUCUUUAGGCCAAGAGUUUUUCUUGGAGUCUUUUCCGAAGGGAUCUGCUACCUGGCCCGAGGAGAAGCUUCCUGUUUCAAGCUCCAAGGCUAAAAAAACGUCAUUUAUGCAUAACUCCGAAUACAAGUUCUUGAAAUCUUCUUGCAAGAGCACCAACCGCGCUCACGCAUGGGGUAUGGUUAUCGUGACUGCAGGCUGGGACGGGAGGAUAAAAUCAUUCCAAAAUUACGGGCUACCUGUACCGGCUUGA